CCACCACCGUUCCUCUACAUUUCACUUGUCUUCUGCAAUCGAUUCAUAGAAUUCUACCCGUGUCAAAAUCAUUAACUUCGAAAAUGGAUACGAAAGAGAUGCAAGCUAUGCUCGCCGCUAAAAUGGCUGAACCACCACCAACCCGCGGCGAUCCAGAAGCGUACAAGCCUAGACUUCAGCCGUAUUACCGAUUCCUAGACAAUGCCUGGAGGGAAGUCGUUAAUACUCCCCACCUUGAAGCUGGAUCUCGGUUCUCGUCGUUUUAUUUGCUAUCUUGGAAUAUUGACGUCCUGGUCCCCUUUGGUGAACCACGAAUGCACGUCGCGAUUGAUCAUCUCGAAGCACUGUUAUCAACCAUCGGCGAUAGUCUAGCUGUCAUCUUUUUCCAAGAGAUGGACAGCUCCGAUAUCCAGCAACUCCAAUCUACUCCAUGGAUCCAGUCGCGGUUCUACAUGACCGACGCCAGCAAUAGCAAUUGGCAAAGUCCGUAUUAUGGUACGACUACGCUGGUUGACCGCCGUCUCCAGAUUCAGACCGUGUUUCGCGUCCCAUGGGUGACCAAGUUCGAAAGAGACGGUCUCUUCGUCGACAUCGGCGUAUCGAGCGACGAUGGUUCCCCUGCAGGCCAUGCGGUGCGCCUCUGUAACACGCAUCUAGAAUCCCUGGUGGCAGAUCCUCCCGUGCGACCCGGGCAGCUACAAGACGCGGCGGAAUGGAUGCAGAAGCCCAAUGUCCUUGCGGCGGUGCUGGCUGGCGAUCUGAACGCCAUCGAGCCGUUCGAUAGGACGCUGCACUCCGAGAACGGAUUGAAAGACGUCUAUCUCGAGUUCGGUGGCCGAGAGGAUUCAGAUGAUGGAUAUACCUGGGGAAUCCAGGUGCCUGAGUGGAUGAAACAAAGGUUUGGUUCAAGCCGGAUGGACAAGAUCCUCUAUUGUGGCGAUGUGACGCCGAGGUCAUUCCGGAGGAUUGGAAUGGGCGUGAAAGUGGAGGACCCGGAGAUUGUGAAGCAGAUGCGGGAGCAGGACGCGUUGGAGUGGGCAAGUGACCAUUUUGGAGUAAUGGGUGAGAUGGUCCUUGGUGGCGGCACGAAACUUAGCCUGUCCAGGCUAUGAAUUUUAUGCGCGUGUCCUCUAGCAGACAUAUGCUGCAUAGGUACGGAGAGGAUGGUUUCAAAUUUCAAUACCAUUCGUACCUUCUCUCUCUGCGUGGGAUUUGGUUCUUGGGUGGAGCAUCAAGCGUUCCGAAAUGGAUCCUGGGCUACUGAUCAUUGUUAGGCGAUCUCAACGCAUCUCACGAAUAGGAAUCUAAACGUCAAGGGUCAUCUCUCUAACUUAGGGUGAUCUUGGUUCUCUUCGAAUCCUAGGCUCACGUUCG